ACUUCCGAUUCACGGCUUUAGUGGGACAUGUAGUUUAUUUUUUUCCCUUUUUUGAUACCAUCUACCAAGAAAAACUGUUAACGUACUACAUUACCCAUAAUCCUUUUUUGACGGUAUUAAGUUCUCUGUGCUUCGACAUAACUUGAAAAUACUUUUCAUGAAAGAAAUUAAUUGAAUGUGUGUUUUUACUGACUAAAAGGAAAACAAGUCACGCACAAAAGGUUUAGGGAGUUGUAGUUCUAAAAGCGGAGUCUAUAAAAGCUGUAAUGGCGUUCUCUGGCAACAAUUCUCACCUGUUCAGGUGGAAAAGGCUUAGUUCUGCAACCAAGCUGUACACCCCUGCAGUAUGACUGAGAUAGCCGAAUUGCUGCUGCAGAAACUUGAGAAGAAUGGUGGUAAUGACAUCUGGAAGAAGCGAGUCGAGAUGGCCUCGGAGUUUGCAGUUUCUCAAGUUUUUGCCCACAAAAAGCCUCAUUCGGGAACCAGGGGGUUAGCCAUGCCUCUGCACAGCGCAGCACAGUUAAGAGAUCACGAUGAGGCUUACAAUGAAGCUCAGGAGCUUCUGAGCAACUGGUUGAGCAGUAAAAUGCGAAUUGACCUGGAAAUCGAGGAUGAGGAUGAUCUGAUGGGUCCUGAUGAAAGGACACUUCCUGCUGCUGCUGCUACAAACCAGACUGCCACCGUCUCUCACAGAGAUUUUGAUGAUUUCUAUACCUGUCUGAGUGAUGAAGAUGAACAAUCAGCUGUGAACAACAUUUUACAAGACCUGAAGGAGCGAGAAGUGCUGGACUUUGUGAUGAAGGAGAAACUGGUACUCGAUGACACAACACCCAAGAAGUUCAGAGACCCGCUCCUCACUAUGGAAGCUCGACACAGACGAGUGCGAGAAAACAGAUUGCAGCGGGAGGCUGAGAAGGAGAGGCAGCACAGGGAGAAGGAGGCUCGUCAGGCUGCCAGACAGGAGGCAAAGAGAAGGGAGAGAGAGAAGGAGGUGAGGAGGAAGCAGGAGCAACAGAAGCAGGAGGAGCUGAUGCAGCAGGAGCUGGUGAGACUGCGGCGUGAGAUGGAGCAGAGGAGGACUCAGGAGCAGCUUGCUCGACAGAGAAAAAGAUCUGAUUUGCAUCAGGUAACAGCGAACAUCCAAACAGCCCUACCCACAAAGCACCAACAGAACGUCCAGCAGCUCCAUCGAGAAGAGUGGAUUCAAGCGAAGGUUCACACAAACAACCUUAAGUGUCUGCAGAGGCAUUUCUCUGGGUGGCGUUCAGCAGUGUGGGAGCGACAGCUGCAGAUGAGUAAGGCCGUGGCCUUUUAUUCCUGGAGGAGGCAGCUGAGAGCGUGGAGAGCGUGGCGGGCAGUUGUUUGGGCAGCGCGAAGGCAUCGAGAUGUGGCAAAGACGGAGGAGGAGCUACGAACCGAAAACAGAAAACACCAGCUGGCUGUUGAAAGUGACCGACGGCGGCUUUUACGCCGUUGCCUUUACGGGUGGCAAAUAUGGCGUCGGAUCGUGAGUGAACAACAACGUAUUUCGGCCCAGCAGCAGGAAACCAAACGGAAGAUGACUGCCUUACUCAGUGCUGCAGCAAAAGGCCACCUUAAAACCAAAAUAACUCAUGCAAAUCAGCCACAAGUGAUUCAACCAGAGCUGGGAAACCAAUCUGAGACCACAGCGAGGAAAGAUCACAACAGAUCAGACCCUUCAUCUCCUGGAGGCUCCGUGAUCCAUCAGGAUAAAAAUGCGACAGGUAUUGUUUCCGAGCCUUGGCAGGUGACCCGGCGCCAUACGGCGCCCACUGCUGAAGAAAUCCACAAGGCCCGGCAGUGGGUGGAGGACUUCACCAGCUCGACGGCGUCGCCGGGCAGCAGGUUUGAAAACAGACAUGCCGUCCAGCAGCAGAUUAUCACACAGCAGAGGAAGCUGCUGAAGGAGCAGCAGGAGCAAAUCGUCCGGCUGAAGGAAAAGCAGAACAUGAUGGAUCUGAGGCUGGAGAUGGAGAAAACUGCAGAGGACAUGGAGAAAACUAUGCACUACCCACCAGUGCAAAGGACACCUGCCGGAGAAGCCGCCAGUCGGAGUGCACCUUCAAGGAGAGCUGUCACACGGCAGACAUGCCCCCACCCCAUCGUCACAGCAAUGGAGGCCCGUGCACGUGAGCGUGCAGAGCGAAGGAAGGAGAUUGAAGAACUCAAGAAAAAGAAAGAGGAGGAAAAGUUGGCUGAGAUGAAGGCCGCUGAGGAGCGCAGGCAGCAGGAGGAAGAGGAGGAGAAACGCCAGGCGCUGGAAAAACGGAGGGAGGAAAAAAGACUGGAAAGAGAGAGAGAAGAGGAAAAACAGAGACGAUUGAAAAGGCAACAAGAGCUCACAAGGCUAGCCCAUCAACACUAUGACAGAACCUUGUUGCUACGGCGAGGCCUGGCACCAUGGAAACGCCUCGUUCAGUUCCUAAAAGUCAACAAGGAGCUGGCUGAGAGUCAUCACAAGCUCCUUCUCCUGAGGCGCUGCACUCUGCGAUGGCAGCAAUCAGCAAGAGAGUCCGUGUCUGAGAAAAACGCUCGUGCAGAUCUUCUGCAGCAGCACUUUUUACUGCGGAGGGGCUUCAGAUGUUGGACAAAACUGAGAGACCUGCAGAUGGUUCAGGAAGAGCGAGCUGAACGUUUUUAUCGCAGACGGACUCUGAGGAGGUUUCUGCUCGCGCUGCUGGAUUAUGUGACCCAGGAGAGGCUGGUGGAGUGGGACCGCCAGGAGCUGGCUCAGAGACACAACAACAGACGGGUGCAGCAGAGAUGUUUCCUGGCCUGGAGGCAGCUUCCAAGUGUGAUGCGCCGGGAGAGGGAGAGGAACGCUCGGCGAGAGAAGCUGAUCCGGAGAGUGGCAGAAGUUCUGCCUGAUUUCCACUCCCGUCCUUUGUGAAAGCCUUUAGGAGGAAAAGUGUUAGCGAGGCCGACAAACUAUUCACACACACAGACAACUGUGCAAACAUCAAAGUGUCACUUUGUACCACAGUUUAAAUAUAACUUCAAUACAUUAAAGUAUUAAGUAGCAACAGA